AUGGCCUCCGCCGAAGACGAGCUGAUCUCACACUUCUGUGCCAUCACAGGAGCCAGUCCCUCUGUGGCUAGAGAUCACCUAGUAGCCAACAACUGGGAUCUAGAUAUGGCUAUUGCAGAUGUUUACCCGGAGGAGGGGAAAGGUGAAUCAGAUUACGAUGGCAUGGAGGAGGAUCAGAGUAGACAAGCAGGGACAACGCCGGCAGGUCAGGCAACAAGCGCUGCUCGCACACAAGGCACCGGGUCGAAAUCUAGAGGAGGUGGGAAAAAGUUUGCAACCCUGGGGGACUUGGGAUCUGGUGACGGGGGAGGCCGCCCUUCACAUAGACAUGAUGAUGAUGAUGAACCUCAAGAUCUUUUUGCGGGAGGCGAAAAGUCUGGGCUUGCGGUGCAGAAUCCAGACGAUAUCAAGAGGAGAAUUAUCGAAAAGGCCAAGAAAACGAUGCCACCGUCCGAACGUAACUCGACACCAGCAAAGUCACAUUUCACUGGGACUGCUCGCACCCUGGGAGGAGAUGAUACUCCAAGUAGGAUCAUCGAGGACCCCAAUGCAGGUCAACCGCAGCCCCUUGAGCGCGUACAGAGAACCCUGCAUUUUUGGAAGGACGGAUUCUCGGUCGACGAUGGUGAUCUAUACCGAUCCACUGACCCAGGGAAUGCGCAGAUACUGGAAGGCAUCCGGCAGGGACGCGCUCCCCUCUCCAUCAUGAAUGUUCAAGUGGGACAGGAUGUGGACGUCCAGGUAAAACAGCACGAUUCAAACUAUGAGAGGCCCAAGGGGAAGUUCAAGGCAUUUGCCGGAUCAGGCCAACGGCUAGGUAGCCCAACUCCUGGUGUGGUGUCUGCGCCCCACGCACCUGUUCCUGCAGCAGCGCCGGCCCAGGCUCAAGCUAGCACUGGUCCUGAGCAGCCAAAUAUUGAUGAGUCGCAGCCUACGGUUACGCUGCAGAUCAGAUUGGGCGACGGAACACGGCUAACAAGCCGGUUCAACACCACGCAUACUAUCGGUGACGUGUACCAGUUUGUGGCAGCAGCUAGCCCUGUCAGCCAACAGAGAGAAUGGGUUCUCAUGACAACUUUCCCGAGCGUAGAGCUCAAAGACCGCUCAGCUAUCCUUGGGGAGCUCAAGGAGUACAAGCGCGGCGGCGUCGUGGUUCAGAAAUGGACUUGA